AAGUAUUAGCACGUCAUAAGUUUUUUUCGACCGACUUGAUCGUGUGUGAGUGUAAAGAAAUUUUCCAAAUUUCAUAAAAGAUUUUAAGAGUGUUUUAAGUUGCAAAAAUGAUGGAACUGCAGUAAAAGUGUAUAAAGCUUAAAAUCGUUAUGGAAAAAUUUCCAUUAAAAGGUAGCCGGGAGAUUGCAGCUGAAGGGAAUAGUUAUAUUACCGCUUAUCAAUCGGUGUUGAAAAAGUCAAACGGUCAUACAGGUGUCAUUGGGGAUAUUACUGGUACUCAGGAUCAUCCACUGGCCACAUCUUCACUAACAAAGGAAAGUAACGGAUUGACAGCUACAACCACACUCAGAGUUGACGACGACGACGACGAAAUGAUUGACAUCACACCACAUUCAAGUCCAGGAGAUGCUGGACAUGGGUCCAAUUUUAAUUACAAACGUCAUACUUCUGCAGACUCAGACAUAGAGGGCGAGCGCGAGCUUCAUUACUCACGAAAUCAUCAUCACGUACCAACACACAGCGCAUUUGGCGAUACAAGUGAUAGUGGAAUGGCGUUCUAUGGCGCUUCGGAUCCGCACGAUGAAAUACCUGGUAUUGGACAAUACGAUGAUUUCCAUACUAUCGAUUGGCAACGUGAUAUUGCUCGUGAUCGCAUGCGUCAUCGUUACAUAGUGAAAAAGCGACAGGACUCAUUAUGGGAUUUGCUAAAGGGCGCUCACGAUGCCUGGUCCGGCUGGUUAUGUGUACUCUUUGUUGGUAUUGCUGCAGGUUUUGUAGCUGGAAUGAUCGAUAUAGGGGCUAGUUGGAUGUCAGAUUUGAAGCAUGGCAUUUGCCCACAAGCGUUUUGGUUCAAUCGCGAGCAAUGUUGUUGGCCAACUAAACAAUCAGUUUUCGAAGAAGGCAAUUGUUCAACGUGGAAAACUUGGCCAGAGAUAAUGGGCAUGGCACGCAAUGGCACCAGUGCCUAUAUUAUUUCGUACUUUUGGUUUAUUUUAUGGGCUUUGAUGUUUGCCGCAUUGAGCGCUUCACUGGUACGCAUGUUUGCGCCUUACGCUUGUGGUUCGGGUAUUCCUGAGAUUAAGACCAUACUUUCUGGUUUUAUUAUACGCGGUUAUUUGGGCAAAUGGACUUUGUUAAUCAAAUCUGUUGGCCUAAUGCUUUCUGUUUCGGCCGGUUUAACGCUGGGAAAAGAGGGCCCCAUGGUACAUAUUGCGAGCUGUAUUGGUAACAUAUUCUCUCAUAUGUUUCCAAAAUAUGGACGAAAUGAAGCGAAGAAACGUGAGAUCUUAUCCGCAGCUGCAGCAGCCGGUGUCUCGGUAGCCUUCGGUGCACCAAUAGGCGGCGUCCUUUUCUCACUUGAGGAAGUCUCGUACUACUUUCCGCUAAAAACAUUAUGGCGCUCAUUCUUCUGUGCACUCAUUGCAGCGUUCGUUUUGCGCUCACUCACACCUUUCGGCAAUGAACAUUCAGUGCUAUUUUUCGUUGAAUACAAUAAGCCUUGGAUAUUUUUCGAACUUAUUCCAUUCGUUUUCUUAGGCAUAAUGGGCGGCGUUAUUGGUACAAUUUUCAUAAAAGCCAAUUUAUGGUGGUGUCGGUAUCGUAAAUUUAGUAAAUUGGGUCAAUAUCCUGUUGCCGAAGUGCUGGUAGUCACACUCGUUACUGGGAUUUUAUGUUUUCCUAAUCCAUUCACACGCAUGAACAUGAACGAGCUCAUUUAUUUGCUCUUUAGUCAAUGUUCACCUGGCGACAACACGAAUCCACUUUGCGACUACAAACGUAUGAAUAUUACAAACGGAGCCACAUCUUCGAUAGAAGUAACUGAACCAGGCCCAGGUGUAUAUCACGCCAUUAUUUUACUGUUAUUAGCCUUUGUUUUCAAGUUAGCGCUAGCUGUUUUCACAUUUGGCAUGAAAGUACCAGCAGGCUUAUUCAUACCUUCAUUACUAUUGGGUUCAAUUAUGGGACGUAUUGUUGGCAUUGGCGUGGAACGCUUCGCCUACAGUUAUCCAAAUAUAUGGCUCUUUACGGGUGAAUGUGUUAAUGGCAAAAACCUGAUUACACCAGGCUUGUAUGCCAUGGUGGGCGCUGCUGCUACUUUGGGUGGUGUGACACGCAUGACUGUCUCUUUGGUGGUGAUAAUGUUUGAGUUGACAGGCGGUGUAGGUUAUAUAGUACCACUGAUGGCGGCAGCGAUGGCCUCUAAAUGGGUGGGCGAUGCUCUUGGAAGACAAGGUAUCUAUGAUGCACACAUAGCUCUUAACGGUUAUCCGUUCCUAGACAGUAAAGAAGAGUUUGCGCAUACAACACUGGCAGCUGACGUGAUGCAACCAAAGAGAAAUGAAACCCUCAAUGUUAUCACACAAGACUCGAUGACCGUAGACGAUAUUGAGACAUUACUAAAAGAAACCGAACACAAUGGAUAUCCAGUGGUGGUGUCGAAGGAGAAUCAGUAUUUAGUGGGCUUCGUGCUACGCAGGGAUCUAAAUUUAGCUAUAGAAAAUGCUAAACGGCUUAUCGAGGGUAUCACGGGGGCAUCAAUAGUAUUAUUCACAUCAGCGGCGCCAAUUCAAAAUCUUGGACCACCACCACUCAAAUUAAAAAAAAUACUGGAUAUGGCACCCAUAACGGUAACUGACCAAACACCUAUGGAAACUGUGGUGGAUAUGUUCCGAAAGUUAGGUUUGCGGCAAACAUUAGUGACACACAACGGACGCCUUCUUGGGGUUAUUACCAAGAAAGACGUUUUGCGUCACGUUAAGCAAAUGGAUAAUGAAGAUCCUAACACUGUUUUGUUCAACUAAAACUAUUGAUAAUUGAUCUACAGUGGACGUUUUGUCAUCGAGUUUUACAAUAUCCACGUACGUGUGAAUUUUGUGUUUAUAGCAUUCAUGAACGGGCUGGCAUCUAAUAUAUGUAUGCGUCUAGCGAAUAUUUAUCGAAUUGUUUUUGGCAAGUCUGUAUUCAUAUGUUGAAUGUUAGAAAUUUGUAGCUCUUAAUUUUAUUUUGGCGGAGCCAAAUUUCGUAAAUUUUGCAAUAUUUUACAACUGAGAGAAUUCAAGUCGAUAUUAAUUAAUAUUUAUGUACGCUUUGUGCUACCCAAUUUAUUCCAAUAUGUGAGUAUAUGCAUAUGUAUAUAUUUUUGAUAUGUUUUAAAUAAAUUCUUAAAAUUAUAUA